AUGGCAACAAAAGGCACACUUUUCGGCGGUCUGUUCACAAAAACGUUACAAGCUCAAAAGCGAGUGGUUUCUACAUCCGCCACAAACCGGCAGGCGAUCGCUUUAACAGAAAUAGCACCAAUCACAGGUCCAUUCCAAAAAGUGUUAGACAACAUAAACCGAAUAAAAAACCCAAAAUCAUCUCACCAGGAACCAAAUAUACAAACUUCAGCGGAUACAGCCAAACCGUUCGAGAAAAUCCCCGGACCAAAAGGACUUCCAAUCAUAGGUACAUUGUUAGAUUACACAAAGAAAGAUGGAUACCGCUUCGACAAACUGUUUGAGGCAUUUACAGAAAGAUCUCUUCAAUAUGGACCUGUAUUUAAAGAACAAAUAGCUAAUAUGACAACAGUUGUUAUCACUGACCCUUUUGAGUACAACAAGGUCAUACGAGCAGAGGGAAAGUAUCCAAAACGACGUGUUCUUGAUCCCUGGUUCGUGUAUCGUGAGAAGAACAAGAUGGGACAAGGCCUUGUAAACGCCCAAGGUUCUGAGUGGCACAAGUACCGGAGUGCCACCUCCAAGAAAAUGCUGAAGAUGAAGGAGGUGUUGGACUAUUGUACAAGCAUGGACAAAGUAGCAGACGACUUCAUCACACACCUCUCCAAUCUCAGAAAUCAACACAAUGAAGUUGUUGGCAUUGAAAAAGAAUGUUUUAAAUGGGCCAUGGAAUCUAUGGGUACCUUUCUCUUCGAAUCCAGAUUAGGCUGUUUUGGACCAAAUCCUCCGACCCAGGCUCUAGAAUUCAUAGAACAUCUGCAAGGCCUAUUCCAUUAUAUGCAAAUACUCUUGUAUAGUUUUCCAAUUUACAAGAUGAUUCCCACAAAACCAUGGAAAAAAUAUGAAAAUCACUGCGACAACGUAUUUCGAAUUGGUAGAUCGUAUAUAGACAGGAAAGCGGCUGAAAUCCAAAAGAACCCCACCAAGGAUGGUGAAAAGUCGUCUUUUAUUGAGUAUAUGAUAAAUCAGGAAUCGCUGUCAGAGAGAGAAGCCUUGUCUACUUGUGUUGAUGUCCUUGUUGGUGCCACGGAAACGACCUCCAGUGGUACUCUUUGGGUCCUAUACUGUCUAGCCAAAAACCCAAAAGUCCAAGAGAAAUUAUACGAAGAAACAAAAAGAGUUUUACCCAACAACGAAGCAAUUACUCCUGAGAAACUUUCUCAACUGCAUUACGUCAAGGCAGUCAUUAAGGAAACGUUUAGGUUAUAUCCUCUCACCUUCACCACAAGCAGGUACUUGGAAGAGGACCUAGAGAUUGGAGGUUACUCCCUCCCAGCUGGGACCCAUGUACAGGCCAACCUGUAUGGCAUGUUUCGAGACAGCAAAUUCUAUCCAGACCCAGAAACCUUCAAACCCGAACGGUGGUUGAAGGAAAGCCACAUGGAUAAGGAAUUGAAAGCACUCUCGAAUCUCGUCUGGGGACACGGUGCCCGAAUGUGCAUAGGGCGGAGAUUUGCAGAACAAGAGAUGCACAUUGUUUUGACAAAGAUUGUACAGAACUUUAAGAUUGAGUACAAUCAUGGAACAGUAGAGCCCGUGUUGAAUAUGGUGAUGAACUCUGAUCGUCCUCUUCUAUUUUCGUUUAUUCCAAGGAACUGAAAAAGUCUCUACCAAUGUACGUCACCAGUGAAAAUAUUGACAAGAGCAAUAAUUCUAUUGUUUUUUAAACAUAUUUCAAACAAAGUGUAUCAUCACCAGUGAUAUUUCAUAAUAAUAAUAAUGCAACAACGUAUACGUUUGUUAAAGCUCGAGGUAUAAUUUCAUUGUUAACUGAAACUUUGCAAAGACUUUAUGCUUGUACAUGAGACAGGUUUUUUCACUAAUCGAGGGGAAAAAGAAAGCUUCUGUAGCAAAUAAUGUUGAUCUGUCAUGUGUAAUUCACGAGCUAUAUUUCAAUAAUACAUUAAAUGUUCUAUAUGCUUUUUGACAGCAGACAAUGAAA